CAAAGUCAACAGCUACGUGGACUAUGAUCCCAAAAUAGCAUAGCCCUAAUCCCUUAUUCCGUUCUUGGGCUCUCGGCUUCUCUUCUCCACUCCACAGCCACAUACGACGGUUCACCGCUUCUCCCUCCCUCGUCUCUCACUGAGACUUCACUUCAUCGAUUCAGGCGUCUCAGCGUCGACCAUACGGGACUCAGGCACUCACUCAGCGGCUCUGCUUCACUGAGUCACUGUAAUCCAAGGCUCAAGGUUUUACAGUUUUUUGGGACUGUUCAGUCUUGAAACUUUUAGGACUCCAUAAUGCAAAGGUUACUAAAGAUUGCCAGGCUGUCACGUCCGGCCGCUACUUAUUUUUGCGGCCAUGGUUCAUUUCAAUCCACGGUGGCGAAGCAGCACCAUACCAUUUCAGUUCCGCGAGGGGUUUCUGGUAACUUGCAGAAGAAUGCUCUUCCUGGCGAUUUGUUGAAAUGGGGGUCGCUUGGGUUCUGUAGAACGUCGAGAUUCGCCAAUGGGUUCACUCCGCUGCAGCUGAAGCCGCUUGACUCGAUCAUGAGCGUGGAGAGGGCAAAGAACAAGUCCGCUGAGGAACUUGCUGAUAUAUGGGAUGAUUACCACUUGGGAAGAGGUCACAUUGGAGUAUCGAUGACAGCAAAAUUAUACCAUCUAUUGGAGCAAAGAUCUGGAAGUUGCCGAUAUUUUGUGAUCCCACUGUGGAGAGGGAGUGGAUACUCGACAAUGUUUGUGCAAGUACAGACACCGCACAUCCUCAUCACGGGUCUCGAGGACUACAAAGCAAGAGGAACACAAGCCGCCCCAUACUUCACCAUUUCUUAUUACACAGAGUUUGCGGAAAGCAAGGACCUGGUGCUUGUAAGGGGAGAUAUCGUCUUCACGAGCAAACUCACUGAUACCGAAGCGAAAUGGCUAUUGGAGACUGCACACUCUUUCUAUCUGAACGAUACCAGGUACAAACUCGUCGAACGCUUCAACAAAGAAACGAGGGACUUUGAGUUCGAGGAUGUUUUGCGAGCGCUGGAAAUGCCCAUCUUGUAGGCGAAGCAAAUGUGAUAAAAAUAUUUCCCUGCGAGCUCUGAGCCAUUUGAAAUAAGGCGAGUUCGGUUAGGUAGCUGCCAAGGUUGCCUGCAACUUGAAGAUGCAGUCUUAGAUUAUCCACAAUGUUUCAUGGGAGGGACAAUCUCUGAAAUGCCUUCAAAAUCCUUCAAGGCUUGAGUUUAUUAACUGUAUUCAUGGCAUUAGUGGAACUUGUUGAUUAGAUUAGUGAAUUUUACUAUGAAUCAAUUAAAUGAACAUUGGCCAAAUUAGCAUUAAAAAAAUUUGUAUGUUUCAAAUAAAGGAGAGUGACACUUUUAUCUCUCACUUAUGAUUUGUGUAUGAGUUUAGUCCCAAUCAACCACUUUAUUAA